CUUUCUUUCGUUUAAUCUCGAAUAAUACUAGUAAGUGAAGAUGUCUGGACGUGGUAAGGGCGCCGGUAAAGCCAGAGCGAAGGCCAAGACCCGCUCCUCUCGUGCCGGGCUCCAGUUCCCGGUCGGUCGUGUCCACAGGCUGCUGAGAAAGGGAAACUACGCUCAGCGUGUCGGUGCCGGAGCUCCGGUCUACCUGGCGGCCGUGCUGGAGUACCUGACCGCUGAGAUCCUGGAGCUGGCUGGAAACGCUGCCCGCGACAACAAGAAGACCCGUAUCAUCCCCCGUCACCUGCAGCUGGCUGUCCGCAACGACGAGGAGCUCAACAAGCUGCUGGGCGGAGUGACCAUCGCUCAGGGCGGCGUGCUGCCCAACAUCCAGGCGGUCCUGCUGCCCAAGAAGACCGAGAAGGCCGCCAAGAAAAAAGUCAAAACACAUCUAACCAUGAGUGGAAGAGGCAAAACCGGUGGCAAAGCCAGAGCAAAGGCCAAGACCCGCUCCUCUCGUGCCGGGCUCCAGUUCCCGGUCGGUCGUGUCCACAGGCUGCUGAGAAAGGGAAACUACGCUCAGCGUGUCGGUGCCGGAGCUCCGGUCUACCUGGCGGCCGUGCUGGAGUACCUGACCGCUGAGAUCCUGGAGCUGGCUGGAAACGCUGCCCGCGACAACAAGAAGACCCGUAUCAUCCCCCGUCACCUGCAGCUGGCUGUCCGCAACGACGAGGAGCUCAACAAGCUGCUGGGCGGAGUGACCAUCGCUCAGGGCGGCGUGCUGCCCAACAUCCAGGCGGUCCUGCUGCCCAAGAAGACCGAGAAGGCCGCCAAGAAGUAAACAUGGACCCUCUCUGACUGCUGGAGACAACACAAAGGCUCUUUUAAGAGCCAAC